UAAAAAACAUGAGGAGUUUGGUAGGAAUGACACCCGGAGCCACUCAGCUGCGGUUAAGAAAACGUGUGGGGGUUUGGCCGGUGGUGGAGGUGGUAGGUGGAGGACUACCUCUCGCGUGGAGGAAGAUUUUCUGGACUAUCUUUCCUCUACUUUCUCCCUGUCUCUUUCCAAUGAGUUGUCGGAGUCAAAUCUAACGCCGAAUUAGCGAAUUAGUCAUUUUGAUGGCACAAGAAACUGUACGCCCAGAUGAGGAGGUUGUCCUCGGAGAAGAAAUAGAUCAUGUGAGGUUGAUCACCUUAAACCGGCCUCGUCAACUGAAUGUCAUCUCACAUGAAGUGGUUUAUCUGCUAGCAGAAUACUUGGAAAAGUGGGAGAAGGACCACAACGCUGAGCUUGUAAUUAUCAAGGGAGCUGGCCGAGCUUUCUCUGCCGGUGGAGAUCUGAAAAUGUUCUAUGAUGGCAGAAAGUCGAAGGAUUCUUGCCUUGAAGUGGUCUAUAGAAUGUAUUGGCUCUGUUAUCAUAUUCAUACCUAUAAGAAAACCCAGGUUGCCCUUGUGCAUGGAAUUUCAAUGGGUGGAGGUGCAUCUUUGAUGGUCCCAAUGAAGUUCUCAGUUGUCACAGAAAAAACAGUAUUUUCCACUCCAGAAGCAAGCAUCGGAUUUCACACUGACUGUGGCUUUUCCUAUAUUCUCUCUCAUCUCCCUGGGCAUUUAGGGGAAUUCUUGGCCUUAACAGGAGCUAGGCUGAAUGGUAAGGAAUUGGUUGCUGCUGGAUUGGCAACCCAUUUUGUCCCAUCCGAGAAAUUGCCUGAGCUAGAGAAGCAUCUGAUAAGUUUGAACUCUGGUGAUAAGAAUGCGGUCAAAUCUGCUAUUGAAGAAUUCUCUGUGGUUGUUCAGCUUGAUGAAAAUAGCAUAUUAAACAAGAAGUCAAUAAUUGAUGAAUGCUUUUCCAAGAAUAAUGUUGCGGACAUUAUAAAAUCAUUUGAAUCUGAGGCAAGCAAGGAAGGAAAUGGAUGGAUAGGUGCAGUUCUUAAGGUAAGGAGAUCUUCCCCUACAGGAUUGAAAAUAACAUUAAAAUCGAUUCGUGAAGGGAGGAAGCAAACACUGUCUGAAUGUUUGAAAAAGGAAUUCAGACUCACAAUGAAUGUACUGCGUGCCACAAUCUCCGAGGAUGUCUACGAGGGUAUAAGGGCGCUCACCAUUGACAAGGAUAAUGCUCCAAAGUGGGAGCCGCCAUCCCUCGACAAAUUGGAUGAUGAGGAUGUAGACCUGGUAUUUCAGCAAUUUAAAGAGAAUUUGGAGCUUCAGAUUCCAGAGGACAACAGGUGGUAUGGUAAAUAUGAGAGUACACCCUAUGCGACUUCAAAGGUGAAAGACUAAU